AUGACUCCACUAGAAAGCACGCUACCCAAGCUCGCAGCCAAAGGUCAAGGCGAGAAUGACCAAGCAGCUUCUGCUAUCGCACACAGAACGCUUCCCCCGCGUAGACGCAAUGCUCCUUCCUCGGCCAACUUGGCCGACUUGCUCAGAGAUCAACCCGAGGGCUUCGCGUUACAAGUCUUGGAGUCUCUAAGACAGGGCCGGUCCCCAAAAGCGAUUAUGGAUUCGAUAGGCGGCAAUUUGUCUGUAACUGUUAACCCGUCGAUAAAUGCAGCGGCUAGGGGCACGUCUGCUCCAACACAGGCACCGCUGGAGUUCCAGCUUAUUGUUCAAUAUCCAAAGGUAUAUUCGCGCCUCCCUCCUCUGGACGCAGCGUCGUCGGACCUGCAACUCCUCGGUAUUCAGCCACUUGUGCUGAGUGUCUAUCCACAGGAUGUGAUUAACAGAACAUCUUUUGGUGUCGACAACGGAAUCCCUAGUGACCCUCGCCUCCAUUACGUCGACAUUUCACGCUGGACAGUUGUCGCCAUAAGCAAUCAAGUCGCCGCGGAAGCCAUCUCCCUAUAUCUGAACAUGAACCAGCCCUGGUGGGCAUUUUUCGAUACCGACCUGUUCCUAGACGAUCUCGUUAGUGUGAAGACCAACUUCUGUUCCCGGAUGCUGGUCAACGGUCUUCUUGCAUGGGCCACUCAAAGCUAUGCCCACUAUGAACCGAUGGCCGCUACACUACCUGCCAAGUUCCUGGUUGAGGCCUUACGAAUUUACGAUGCCGAAAAAGGCGUCGACAGUCUAACAACUGUGGCAGCGACAUCUUUGAUGAGUAUGACGUGGAUUACUCUUGGAAAAGACAAAGCUGGACGUCGGUUGCAAGAGGAUAGUGCUAGGAUGGCACAGCGCAUGCGAUUGUAUGGAGAAUCAGACGUCUCUUCAUACAAUCAGCUGGACCUAAGCGAUGAGUGCGUUGAAGCAGCCGUAUGCGCCACUGCUUGGGGAUCCUUUAAAUUCCAAAUUUACAAACCAAUCCCUAAAAGGACACCAAGAUUUCGCAUACCAGGAAAAGCGUGGACCACAGCCCAGGGGCACGGCAUACCUAGAACCGACGCAAAAUAUACAGCCGUAUGUCAGUUCUGGCUGAUAGUAUUUGAUAUGAACUACCCUUUGCUACUUCGAAAGCUAUUAUUGAUCUGUUCCGGCCCUUCGAACACGAGGAAUGCUACGCCGAAAGCCGUUAUAACAGCGUCGAUUGAACAACUAAAACGUCUUGUUUAUCAAUACCGUGCAGACUGCGAGUCAUCCAAGUACUCAAUCAUCUGGCAAAGCGGUAUGCUCUACCUUGUCAACUACAUACUCCGAGAUUUAUCCAGCAACGAAUCGCAGUUUUACUUCCUACUCUGCAUGCGUGGCUAUCAGCACCUUGCUCGCUACAUGCCUUUUGUCAGUGGCAUAGUCCAGAACCUGAUUUUCAUUACCAACCGGCAGGGGGUUCCUUUGACCGUUAAUACUCAAAGACUGCUUGAAGAACCCUCGGUGGUGAGCCAGCGCGAGGCAUCCGAAAGUGGAACUUUACCAGACGGCUGGAAGGGUUCCGUCGAAGAUCUGAUAACUACCCUACCUAUGCUUGAAGAUGAUUAA